AGUAGUAAUAAUAACAGAGAGGGGAGUAACAAAAAAAUUUAUCUUAACGAUAGUGAGUUCUCGAGCGAGUGUAUACGCUACAGUUGUAACAAACUAUACCUCACUACUUCGAGAGGUACAAUCGAAGCGCGUCUCAUGUAUUUUUUUAAUUUUUAAAUUAAACCGCGAUGGACGAUAAUUUAGUUAGUGUGCCAAAAACUCGGCCCGAUUCACUCAAAGUGGAAUUAUUGCGAAUACCUGAAAAUGAUAUACCUGUUAGAAACAGGCGACAUGAAUGUAAUGUAGGAUUUGAAAAUUUAAGUUACAGUGUACGAGAGGGAAUAUUUCGAAAGCGACGCAAAACGAUUUUAAGGAACAUAAGCGGAACAUUCGAUGCCGGCAAUCUAACAGCGAUAAUGGGCCCUUCGGGCUGCGGAAAGACGACGUUAAUGAAUAUUUUGGCGGGCUACACUAUUGGAAACGUUGAAGGGGAGCUGCUUGUAAACGACGAGCCGCGUGUCGAAUCGUCUUUUAAGAAAAUAAUGUGCUACAUUAUGCAAGACGAUUGCCUUCAACCCCUGCUAACAGUCAAAGAAGUCAUGAUGAUUGCAGCCCGUUUAAAAUUACCGGACACUGUCAGUAGGGAAGAAAAGAAAUUAAAAAUCCAAGAGACACUUGAGGCUAUAGGUUUAGAUGUGUGCUGUGACACGCGUACUGGUUCAUUAUCAGGAGGGCAAAGAAAAAGACUGUCUAUAGCAUUAGAGUUACUACGCAACCCCCAGGUCCUAAUUCUGGACGAACCUACCAGUGGGCUCGAUAGCUCUACGUCAAAGCAAUGCAUUAUGCUUCUGAAGGAAUUGUCGGCAGAAGGAAGAACCGUGAUCUGCACGAUACACCAACCAAGCGCAUUGCUCUUCGAACUAUUUGACCAUUUAUACGCUCUCGCUGAGGGCUGUUGCAUAUACCAAGGUUCGAUCAAGGGAAUGUUACCGUACUUAGCCGACAUAGGCCUGAGGUGCCCACCAUACCACAACCCCGCAGACUACUUAUUGGAGGUUGCGAACGGAGAACACGGCAGUUUCACUAACGAGCUCGUUGUGAAAUCCGCAAACGGCAGGCGCGACGAUUGGAAGAAAAUACACCGAAGCACUUUACAAGUUCACUCCAUGAACCACAUAGGUACAAUGAUGGACCGUGGACUCAUAACACCAGUCAAAGCGCCGCCCUUUAGAUUUAGUCAUUCAACCCCAAGAAGAGGAAGCUCCUCGUGCCAUUCGCCCAAAUAUCCCACAUCCUUCCCAAACCAAGUCGCAGUCCUACUAAAACGUUCCUUUUUAGUACUUAAAAGGGACCGAACCCUUACUUACUCCCGCAUCUUAACCCACUUUGCCACGGCAUUAUUUAUAGGCAUUUUAUACUACGGCAUCGGAAUCGACGCCAAAGAUUUGCACAACAAUGCCAACUUUAUGUUCUUCAGCAUUAUGUUCCUGAUGAUGACGUCAUUUAACUGCGUCACACUCACAUUUCCAACAGAAGUGGCACUCAUCAACAAGGAACACUUCAACAGUUGGUACUCCAUAGGGUCCUACUAUUUUUCAAAUAUGAUAUCCGACCUACCGAUUCAGAUGAUCGCAACUUUAAGCUACGCCCUGGUCACCUUCUACAUGACGUCGCAGCCUAGAGAAGGAUUUAGAAUAAUGUACUUUCUGAUCAUAUGCAUACUGAUAUCGCUCGUGGCGCAAAGUUUCGGAAUGCUAGUCGGAUCGAGUUGGGAGAUGAAGACCGCGAUUAUUAUCGGCCCGAUUUGCUUUUUACCUUUCACGAUCUUCUCGGGAUUCUUUGUGCAGUUUCACGACGCCCAUCCGUACGUGCAGUGGAUCUUCCAUAUAUCCUACCUCAAGUACGGAUUUGAGGGAUUGAUGUUGGCCAUAUUGGGAUACGAACGUGAGAAAUUACCAUGCGAGGCCGACUAUUGCCACGUGAGGUACCCGCAGCAGUUCCUCGAACAGAUGGAUAUGGAAAAUGCGGUCUAUUCGCAUUGUGUUUUCUUCCUCAUCGGCCUGCAAUUGAUUUUUCGCAUCGUAACUUAUUUCGUUUUAUUACUCAGGGUGAGGCGGAAAUAAUCAUCUGACUGCUUAAGUAGGUAAUAACUGUAUGUGUUCAACUGUGGCCAAACACAAAAAAUCAAAAAUGUGUAGGUACAUUCCAAAGGUGAUAUUGUAUAUAAUUGUUUAGCCAAAUUUUAUUUAUAAAUUUUAUUUUUAUAUUGUUAAGGUACUUAUUAAAGUUAUUGUGUUGGUACUGAGAGAUCUUUUUGAAAAGAUCAUGCUGUGACCUGCACAGUUCGAGUGUAAAGUAAGCUGCCUAAUAAAUUCCCAGAUGACCUUG